AAACACAUGACAUUGACAAAGAGAAUUCAAGAACCUUGUAGGAGCAGAGUUUAAUCUGUCAUUUCCAGCUAAAUACCUCAUUUUUCUUGUUCUUUCAGUGAGGAAUGGAGAGGAAGCAAGAACGAGAGUGGGCCGAAGCACAAAAGAUUGUGAUAAGCAAAGACCUUGUGGCUGCAGCUAAACAGCAGCUAAAGUUUCUAGCGGUUGUUGAUCGAAACCAGCAUCUCUAUGACGGUCCUGCUUUGUACAAGGCCAUUUAUCGGUACAAAUAUUGUUGGCUUCCCUUACUUGCCAAGUAUGCUGAAUCUGAGGUUUCAGAAGGUCCUCUCGUCGUGCCUCUUGAUUGCGAAUGGAUUUGGCAUUGUCACAGGCUCAAUCCGGUGCGUUAUGUCACUGAUUGCGCAAAUCUCUGCGGAAGAAUCCUUGUGAACCACAACUUUGUAUCCUCCGUUCAGGGAACCUGCAAAAAGAAAACAGAAGAAAUUUGGAUCAAACUAUAUCCUGAAGAGCCAUAUGAGCUCGAUAUGAGUAGCUGCCUGUCACAUGGCAGUGCCAAAAAUUAUUAUGCAACUUCCGAAAGCACAAAGUAUAAUCUAGCAUCGGCUGUCAGAAGGCAGAUUCCUUUCUUUUACCAGGUGUCGAGAUCUUACAUGAAUGACAACCUCUUUCUCGAGGGAGCUGUGGACAGAUACAAAGGGUUUUUGCAUUUGAUCAAGAGAAAUAGGGAGAGGUCUAUUACGCGCUUUUGUGUUCCGACUUAUGACAUUGACCUCAUCUGGCACUCCCACCAAUUGCAUCCUGCUUCUUACUGUAAAGAUCUUGUGGCAAUAAUGGGCAAGGUGUUAGAGCAUGAUGACACAGAUUCUGACCGAACCAAGGGUCAAAAGCUAGAUGUCGGUUUUUCUGAGACCGCCAAGCAAUGGGAAGAGAUGUUCGGUUCAAGGUACUGGAGAGCAGGAGCAAUGUACAGAGGCAGUGCUCCAUCUCCGCUCCCCACC